AUGAUACGUGGACUUCUUUCCCCCAGGCGGAGAACUUGAAGUUUUUUCAAGCGUUAACGCGGCCGCUUUAAAAUCAUGGUGGGAGGUGAUUGAAGUUUAUUAGCUAGCGGACAGGUAGAAGCGAGCAUCGUUAUAUUAGAGCACAUUAUUAGUUUGCGAUCGUACUCCGGUGCGACCGGUUCCACGGUGUCGACCUACUUCCGAUUCAGUUACGUAUGUCCAUCCUGUCUGGAUAAAGUGUCUUUGUGCGUGAGACGUUUUCCCUUGCGACACGCAUCUCCGGAAUCAGAGAAGGGAGAAGAACGUUAAAUUAAAGGUGGCUCGGCAUGGCGAGUCGAUUGUGGAGGGCACUGUCCCGAAGACGGAUCGAGGAGAAUCACGAGAGCAAAGGGGAGUUGGCUCGUGUUUUGGGUCUGUUCGAUCUGACUGCCCUUGGCGUUGGUUCCACCCUCGGUCUCGGCGUUUACAUACUCGCUGGCAGCAUCGCCAGAGAGACAGCUGGCCCAGCUGUUUGUAUCUCCUUCCUCAUAGCCGCCAUCGCUUCCGCAUUUGCCGGAAUGUGCUAUGCCGAAUUCGCUUCCAGGGUCCCCAAGGCAGGAUCGGCAUACGUUUACAGUUACGUGACAGUGGGGGAGUUCGUUGCUUUUAUCAUAGGAUGGAAUUUAAUUUUGGAGUACGUGAUCGGUACCGCGAGCGUUGCGCGAGGACUUAGCAGCUACCUGGACGCGUUAAUAGGAAACGUGAUAAGCAAAACGCUUCAUUCGGUCAUGCCUAUUCACGUUUCGUUUCUGUCCGACUAUCCGGAUUUCUUCGCUUUCGGGGUAGUGGUACUGCUUAUAGUCUUGUUGAGCAUAGGAGUGAAAGAGUCCUCGAUCUUGAACAAUAUAUUCACCGUUGUGAAUUUAAUUACCAUCGUCAUCAUUAUAGUCGCAGGGUCCAUUAAAGCGGAUCCUGCGAAUUGGAGAAUACCGAUAACUGAUAUACCGGACACGGUAAAACAUGCAGGAUCGGGAGGAUUCAUGCCAUUUGGCAUAACUGGUGUGAUGAUAGGCGCGGCCAAAUGUUUUUACGGUUUCGUAGGAUUCGAUGCUGUGGCCACUACCGGCGAAGAAGCUAAAAAUCCUCAACGCAACAUACCUAUAGCCAUCGUCGUGUCCUUAGUUAUAAUUCUGUUGGCCUAUUUCAGUAUUUCCACCGUGCUGACUAUGAUGUGGCCUUAUUACGAUCAGGAUGUCGACGCGCCGUUUCCGUACGUAUUCGAUCAAAUCGGAUGGCCAACGAUCAAGUGGAUCGUUAAUAUCGGAGCAGUGUUUGCAUUAUGCACAAGUUUACUCGGCGCAAUGUUUCCCUUGCCACGUAUACUUUACGCCAUGGGCAGCGAUGGGAUAAUUUUUAAACGACUAGCAAUGGUACAUCCGAAAACGAUGACACCUAUAUUCGGAACAGUGGUUUCCGGUUUAUUCACAGGAGCCAUGACACUCAUAUUUAAUUUGCAACAGCUAAUAGACAUGAUGUCUAUAGGCACUUUAUUGGCAUACACUAUAGUGGCAGUGUCUGUUUUAAUAUUGAGAUAUCAAGGGAAAGAAUGUACAUCUAACAAUCAUGCUAUGACUACAAUGAAUAAUUACGAACUGACACCAGUCAGUGUCUUAAAGCAAAUGUUCAAUCUGCACAAUCAAAAAGAGAUAAAUGAGAUCUCUACGAAAAUUGCAAAAUACGGUAUUGCGAUAUUGUGUAUUAUGGUAUUUGUUAUUGCGUUAUUUAUUAAUAAUGUAGGCGCAAAUGCCUUUGGCAAUAAUCUAAUAGAGACUGUGAUACUAGUCAUACUUGUGAUAAUAUUAUUAUUGAAUUUAGCGGCCAUCGCGAGACAACCUGUUCAAGAGAUUGAAGUAGCAUUUAAGGUACCAUUAGUGCCACUUCUCCCAUGUUGUAGUAUUUUCAUAAAUUUAUAUUUGAUGUUGCAACUAGACGCUUUUACGUGGAUCAGAUUUUCCAUUUGGAUGCUUAUUGGUUUCAGUAUUUAUUUCCUUUACGGAAUAUCACACAGUGAACAAGGACAAAGAGACAAAGUGGAAGCUGAAAUGAUAAAAAGGAAAUAUACAGAUCAAGUAAGAGUUGUAACUAUAUUCUGAUAAUCAAUUUGUAAUAUGUGAUAUUUGGUAUGAAUGUAAAAACAAAAUCUUCUCGGAAGAAAUCUUAGGUAUUACAGAAGUGAUUAUCGUUUCGGUGUCAAAAUACGAUUAACUGUAUUAUUUAUAUUAGCACGUCACUAGAAAAAAAGGACAUUAACAUUCCGACGGUAUAGAAUAUUUUUACGUAUUAUUACUAAAAAGCAGGGCUGAAUAAUAGGUUCCGAAAAUAAUGAUUUCAAAUCGUUAUAUAAGUUGAAGUUCUUGCAUUAGCUCUCAUGUGAACUGAAUCUAUACACACAAUAUAAAUAUUUGUCGUUUACUGUUUUCGAUUGAUCAGAUAAAACCUAUAUGAUGCAAGAACUUUAAUUUAAACCAAUACAAUCCGAAAUUUGGAUUCUUCGUGACAGUUAUUCGGAAUAAAAAGUUUUUCAUAGCUGCUUCAAAAACCUAAACCUGUAUUAUAAUAGUUUUCAAGCCCUGCUAGAAAGUGAAAUACUUGUUAUCAUAAACUUUUAACACGCUAGUGAACAGUGAUCGUUUUUGAACAUUACAUCAAUCCAUCCAUAAAUUAUUGCGCGUCAUAAAGUUAAUUCAUUAAAUCUUAUAAAUAUACUCACAA